AGGAGAGGUCUGCUGUCUCUAGCGCUGGGCUCUGUUGCGAGGGGUAAACUGGCCGAUUAUCUUAGGGAGGAAACGAAAGUGCCGUCUGCACCUGGGAUAACGCUCAUAGUGGUGACCCUGGAGUGACAGCCCGCGCCGCUGUGUUAUUGGGAGGACUUGCGCCUCUCCAACCAGAUUGAGCACGGAGCCGCACGCUGGAACCGGGAAGAAGAUGGUUCUUUACGGAAUUUUCGGAAGUGGCUCGGGAGAGUUUGUCCCAGAGGAGCUGUGCUGUUAGACAGGAGGCCACCAGUUCACCGGUGCUUUCGGUCCCGGCCACCGGAACGCAAAGUCUUGCCCGUGACUGCAGGUGUGGCAGCCUCUGCAGGUGUCGGUUGUUCCCAGGAGUUGCAAUCUCAGCCGGUCUCGGUGAACCUGCAUAGGAUCGUCACGCUGCCCGGGAGGUUGUAAUUUCAGAGCAAUGCCCGUUCAUUAAUAAAGGCUCCCACCCAAGUCAGUGCCCUAGUCGAGACUCAGGCCCGCGAUGGAGCUCCAGCCCUGCACGGUGGGAGAGCUGCUGAAGGCGCCGCACGACUGCCACAAGACGUACUUCGCGCGGCCGCCGGGCCUGCGGCACCUGCGGGAGCUGCCGGCCGACGCCGCCCUGCUGCUGCAGCUGCGCAGCGGCCUACUGGGCCUGGCGGACGGCGACACGGUCUGCCUGCACCACGAGAAGCUCUACGUGGACCGCUACGAGGACCUGCAGCGGGCCUGCUGCGACCCCUUCAGCUGCCACAAGAAGGCCAUCAAGAAGGGGCUGCGGGCCAUCGACCUGGACGAGGCCACCUUCCUGAGCGAGCGCUUCGCCCGGCAGUUCGUCCCCGGCUGGAAGCUGUGCUGCCGGUGCGCCCAGCUCAUCAACGGCUUCAGCGACCUGGACCCCGAGUCCCGGCAGAAGAAGAAGCUGGACAGCGAAGUGAGGACAGCCAAGGCCCUGAAGUCGCUGGAGUUUGCCAACCCGGGCCGGCAGACGGAGCUGGUGCUUGAGCCGAGCAGGCGGGAGAAGAGGCGCCAGUCCAAGCAGCCGAGCUCCGACAGGCCGCCGAGCAACGCGAAAAGCAAGGUGUACGACAGCCAGGGGCUGCUGAUCGCGAACGGCAGGGACCUGUGCGACUGCCUGGACCCCGAGUGCCUGGGCUGCUUCUACCCCUGCCCCGAGUGCGGGUCGCAGAAGUGCGGCGUGGAGUGUCGCUGCGACCGCAAGUGGCUGUACGAGCAGGUGGAGGUGGAGGGGGGGGAGAUCAUCCGCAACAAGUACGCCACCUAGUGGUCCACGGCUGUCCAGACACCCGGAGCACAAGCCGUCAGAGCUGGGCUUGGGGAAUUCCCGGAGGUCCUUUUGUAUUUUAGAGACUCAUUCUGAAGUUGUCGUCACUACUGCUGUUCCAGAUAGAACCCCUCUGUACUGCACACAUUGCCGCCUUCUUAACACUUCUGUACAUAUUGCUGUGGCCUGGAGCAAGGCUGUUUAUAACGUUCAGUAAAUGCGAAUAAAUGUUAUUUAUAUAUUUUGGAAAA